UAAGCUUGAAGGCAAACUUACGACCAAAAGUCUACAUAGGCUGAGCUAGUCCACGGGCUUGAUGGGCCACCAAGGAACUCCUGGAAAAACAAAUUUCGAACAUUCGGAUUUGGUUUCCUUCGUUUUUUAGGACUAUAUAAUGAUCAGGGUUCAAAUUUCAAAAGCAGCUUUCUGUUUUAUACAGAGAAAGAAGAAGAGGGAAUGGAAGGAACUGAAGUGGAAGCAAGAGAUGAGGAUCGAAAAUUACAGAUCGCAGUUCGCAGUGCAAAAGCUGCGCUUCUGCUUUCUUCACUGAAAUCAUCAGUGGAUCGCGUCUUCGAAGCAGCAAUCAACGACGAAACUGAGGUAAAGGAAAAGAUGAGAAGAGAGAUUAACAGCCUGAAGGUGGAGUUAGUGAGGGAGCGAUUGAAGAUUAAGAAAAUCAAAUUUUGUGGAGUGAUGGAGCUGAUUCUUCAAGCCAUCUUGGUUAUGAUGAUUUCCAGUUUCUUUAUGAAGCUAGCACUUGACGAUGACUUUCCCUUCUGUAAUUACUCUGCAACCUAGCUGUAGCUAAAAGCUUUUCAAAUAUUUUCAGUCAUUUAGGAGACCAAACUUAUGAAUCGAGAAAAUUUAUUUGUUUCUGUGAUAUCAAUAUGCCAAACAAAUGUACUCA